AUGUGAGAGAGAAGGAUAUAGUGCCAAGCCUUGACCAAGUUUCGUAACGUUCCGUCUAUCUCUCUCUUCCUGAUUAUUUCACAGCGAAUCCCAGGGUGUCUAUCCUUCUCUUAUCGCCUUUGUUGACUGUUCGCGCGUCGAAAGCCUGAAAAUGUAGAAAGCAGAUAUUAGUUUUAAGUUUUAAAAUUUCCUGAGCUUUCGUGUGAUUUUAUACGGUUUUGUGGUGCUUUCUAUUGUUCGUGAUAUUUUGUUUUAUACAAGCUCACCCCUUUCCCGGCGCCUUUAUGCACCAGUUCCCUGGGGUAGCUUCCACCUGUGACCCUCUUGUGUACCCUUCCUUUAUCCACUGGGUUCUCUCUGAAAGUAUCUGCUUUCUCGCGAGUUUUUCGGUUUCUACAGUGCUCAAUUCGGUUUAGUGUGUGUUAUGCAACCGUGAAUACCUUUGUGUUUCAAAUCGGCCAACAAUGGAAUAACUUCACCCCCCUGGACGAAUCUUUUUAAGGAUGUCCGAACCGGAGACGCCGACAACGCCCUACAUGGCUAAUAACACGAGCGCGGAUCAGUCAGCCGCGCAGGAUAUCUGGUUGGAUUGGGACACGGAGGAAAACGAGAGCGAUGCCGAGAAGUCCAACUCGGACGCGCGCGCGCCGCCGCCGCCGCCAACCCACCUCGUGAGAAUCAAAGAAGAACCGGUGAGCCCCAGCCAGAGUCCCGAGCCGCCCUAUGAAAGCGAGGAGAUGACCCAAGCACCAAUGGUGGAAGUCAACGUCAAGAUGGAGAACCCCAGCCCGCCUCCGUCCCCACAGCAACACCAAUCGGCCGAAGAGGACGCCGACGAAGCACCUAACGACGGCAACGAGGCAGAAGACGGUAACGAACCUGAUGGCGGCAACGGUGAAGAUGCCGGCGAACCACAGGACGAAGACGAACCGGACGAUGUACCUGAUGACAGGCCUGAACCAGUCGACAUCAACUCGCCCGAAGACUUGCUCAUCAACGGCGAGGACGGUCGGGGCGAAGACGAUGACCUCUUCGAGUACAACUGCCACUUCUGCUUCGCCGCCUUCCGCAACAAGACGCAGCUCAAGGAGCACUACAAGGUCGGACACAGCACCAACUCGGCGCUCAGGUGCAACACGUGCGUCAUGACCUUCAGGCAAAAAAGGGACUACACGCGGCACAUGCGGAUGCACAUCACCGGCAAGAACCUCCGCUGCGACCGGUGCCUCGUCAAGUUCGAGUCCGAGCGGCAGCUCAUCGACCACGUCCUCGACAAGCACUUCGACGACUGCAAGUUCAUCUGCGAGUACUGCGACGCACCCUUCACGUACAAGGAAGACCUCCUCAUGCACAAAUUCGAAGAGCACACCGGGUUCCAAGACGGCUACCGCUGCGAGCACUGCAACGUCGGCUUCAAGAGGAAAAGGAUGCUCGAGCUUCACGUCCAGUCCGUCCACCUGGAGCUGUUUAAGUGUCAGAUAUGCAGGAUCACGAUAACCGAUAGGAUCGAGUAUAGGAAGCACACGCGAGCGCACACCCGGACCGACGCGCGGAAGGCUUUCUGCGACGCCUGCGGCUCCAGGUUCAAGUACAACCGAACGCUCAAGAUGCACCGGCUGGUCUGCCUGGGCCGUCGACUCAACUUGAUGCGUUUUGCCGAAGAGGCGCCUGGAAGCCCGCCGGGGCCGGACAAAAACUUGUCGAACACGAAGGACGACGACCCGAAGAUCGUGGGGUCAAGUAUAGCCAAGGUAAUUUUCGACGGGGACAAGCUCGUGACUCUACAUCAAGGUCACGUCCAUCAUAAAGGUGUCUCGGACGUGUUGAUCGGGGGCGUCAACGUGACGGUCGGAGAGCGGUCCGAAGUUGUGGAAGUCACUGCCGAAGAGUAUCCGGGACGGAAAGUGAACAUCGAAAUCUACAAAGCCGCCAAACCCGCGGAACCGCCCAAAGAAGCAACUCCACCCCCUCAGAACACCGGAGGAUACACAGAUAGGGUUUAUAGGAGCUACGCGCGGGAUUACCGGAUCAAAGAUAGCAACGAAGGACAAAGCAUUGACCCCUCUGUUUUUUGUAGCUCUCAGUUGGGCGAAACAAUCGAACCACUGGGUGGCGGUGAGUUGACUAUCACCGUCGAAAACGUAGAGGUGCCCAGUUCCAGCGACGCUCCCAACGAAGAUCCACUCACGAACGGAGCUUCACCGAACCCCUCCGAAAACGCAGAAUGUGAUACAACCCAUGAUAGGACGCCGUCGGCUCUCUCGCACAAUUCCAACGCGGAAAGCGACACCCCCGCCCCGAGCGAGGCUUCCUCCAGCAACGACAACAACCAAUCCUUGUCGUCCACCACCUCCGAGGCCCCCGUCGAAAACAAGAAGAUCCUUUUAACCACCGACAUGGUCAAAGAAGAGACGUUCAGGAAGCGGAGGAGGAAGCCGCCCCCGGAACCCGAGGAGCCUGUCGAGAAGAUGUCCUUAGCGGAGAUCCUGGAGGCCGUCGAGUCGUGCAGCCCGGCCGUGCGAAUACCGCGCAAGCCCGGCAUCAAAACGGAAGACGGCUUCGUCGACAACAUCUACAAGGCCCACGAACUGCCGGAAAAAACCCUCCUGGCCCUGAAGGCGCACGGUCUGCCGCGGGUCAUCAAGAAGCCUCGCCUGCUGAGCGAAACUAUUCAUCAAGCCAUGUCCCUCCGCGGGCACGGCUCCGAAACCGGUUUCACGUGCAAGACCUGCGACGCCGAGUUCGUCUUCAAGUACGACCUGAUACGUCACGAGCGCACCGCCCACGCCGCCGUCCUCAAGUGCACGCAGUGCUCCUUCACGUUCACCAAAAAGGAGGAACUCGCCCAGCACACCCUGGAGACCCACUUCCGGCGGACCGGGCCGCGGAUCGGCUCGGGGCUCGGUCUCUUCGAAAGCCUCCUGGCCAAGAAGAAAGCGGUGAUGCCUGUGCCGCCUGGCAGCGUGCUUCCCACAGCCCCGCCGCCCGACUCGAUGCCCGAACAGAACUUCUCGUGCGAGAACUGUGAUGCGAAUUUCGCCUACGAGGCCGAGCUCAACCACCACAUGCGGAUCCACGGGACCGAAUUCAAGUGCAACGCCUGCAAGGCCUCUUUCAGGGAGAAAAGCGCACUGGCUAAACACAUGCUCUCCGUCCAUUUCUGAGGUCCGUCGUGGGUGGAUCUUGGGUCUUCGCAAGGAUUCCACCUCGAGAAACAAUUCGUUCCUCGUAACCACUGUUCUUAUUGAUCUCCGAGUUCCCAUAAUUUCAUGGUAUUUUUGUCGCUCGGAAAAGUCUGGUAGUGAGCACCAGACUGCGUGGCUUUAUGAUGCUCCUGAGGAAAUUUAGCAGCCGGUAAUACUCUUGGUAGUUGAAGCAUACGUUUGUUAGAUCUUGGACGUAUUCGGACUGAUCUCAGGAAGUCAUCACUGAUUACCAGAUUUUUCGGAAAGCAUACUUAGCAUGACAGUGUAGCUCCCACUACCAGACUUUUUUUCCGCUCGUGGGAAAUGGCUUUUCUAUCGUGUUAGACGUUAAUUUUGCCGAUCGUAGUGAAGAUACCGUAAAAUGUGAUGUAAGAGGGUGUUCCAAGAAAAUCUUGCCCGUAACUCAGUGAAAUGGGGAACAGUGUUCUGUCUUCCUCCUACAAUUUUAGGAGCCACCUUGACAUGAUGGUCGAAAUUCUAGAAGCCGUCCACAAGUUUUUAGAAGCCAAA